CUGCUAGCGAAUGCGGACAGUUCGCAGAACCUGCAAAGUCCCACAAAUGCCUGCGUCGCCUAGGUACUCCGUCUCCGCCGCCGCCGCCUCCAUCCGCUAGGUCUUGCGACUGCUCAACGCUGCGAACAACAGCGCUCUCUAUCCGCGUCCAUGGCCGAGGUGCUGCGUGCAACAGCGCUCUCUAUCCGCGUCCAUGGCCGAGGUGGCCGCUGUGGCACCGAUGCCGAUGUCGGAGAAGCCCGCCGAUGCCCCCGCCGCCGCGCCGGCCAAGAAGAAGCCGCCUUAUUCCUCCAAUGACAAAGAAGAGGAAGGGAAAGAGCCUGCCGGGCCAUGCUCCAGCCACCGAGGCUCCCAUCGCUAAGAGGAAGGAGAAGGGACUGCCGCACCCUGUUCCAGCCUCCGAGGUCCCUGUCACCAAGAAGCCGAAGACCGGCGAUGCGUCCACGUCCACAACUAAGCUCCCUAUAUCCGGCGUAGCCGUCGUCGCCGCUACUCACACAGCAGUGCAAACCUUUGCCUCCGCAUCGUCGACAUUGUCGUAUGGCCGUAUGGGUUGCCGGCCCCGAGGUCCAUGUUGCCCCUACUCCAAAACGGGGAUGCCGACGGCCAAACGCCACAGCAGUAAACACUUCAGAUUGUGCCGAGAUGCUGAAAGUUGUGGAUUUUCCUGGAGUUUCUGUUUCUUGCUAGAGUCAUGUUCUUCUGACCUUUAACAUCUUCGUCCAUAUGAAGUUGUCACAAUCAUGCUGAAUAUUUUCUUGUAUUGCAUUUUAAUUGCUUUCAUGUAACCUCAAGCAAAAUUAAGCUGUGAAUUCUACAAUAUAUUUUCUCUUUUGUGGAAUGUUAAAAAACACAGCAAAAGUGGUAUCAAGCAAAUUAAGUUGUCACAAUAAUCAUGCUGAAUAUUUUCCUUUUCCACUGAAAAAUGCUGCUCCAAUAAUACUAAUUGUUGCAUUAUUAGGCAGUCCCGUCUGUUUUUUUUAUGUAUAUACAAUAACUCUAGCCGCUGUAAAAUCUGAUGGAAAUAUUUCUUUUUGCAGGAUAACAACCAGUGCGAACUGAUGCCUUUUUUCAACAAAUUUUUCAGCCAGACAUGCAUUUCUCUAGUUAAAAAUGAUGAUUCCAUUCAAAUGGUAGUACACUGAGAUUAGUCAGGCUUGUAUGAUGCUACGCACAUGCAAGAAUAGUUAAACCAUUGUUCAAAGGGUAUAUGUUCGCAAGAAGAAUUCCACUAUAUGAAACUGCUACUAAAGAUGCAAGAAUAGUUACGAGAGAAGUACUUGGCUUGUCUUCGGAUGGAUCUGAACAGCUCAGGAAAAGGAGAGGAUUAUAUAUAUUGACUCAUCACUGGUAAAAUUACUAUGUUGAGUGUAUAUUAUUUUUUUUCCCGUCUUGUUCUGCAGCCUAGCAUGUCAAAUGUGCCGAUGGCGACCUCCCCUUUGAUCGCCUCUUCCGGAACAAAGCACAAAAAGCCUCAACAGAAGUCUUCAGCAACCAAGCGCUUCAAGCCUCCAAUGGCAAGGAAGGUGAACUCUCCUAUGGUGAUGAGGCUUUAGUCAGUGAAUCAAUGCCAUUAUCUCCUCCUAUUGGGCCAAUUGAUUGCUCGAUUGGGCAUUUUUGUGAUGGGUGGACUGAUAUUGUGGUCAUAGAAUGAACUUGAACCAAUUAGUUUCUGAACCAUGAUUCUGGAAGGCUGCCAAAAUAGUUGUUGCGGCCGGCAGGGACGGUUUGCAGAGCUCUGGAAGGGUCCUUGUAGCACAAUUGGUUCUCUGUGCUUAUCUCCUAACAGUUUCUUUCUGUGUAUAGUUGAACUAACUAAAGAACUAUUUGUCGGCAAUACAGUAAAACAGUGACACUUGUGUACAUUUCAAUAAUAUUUCCAAAUGUUCU